GUUGAGAAAAGAAAGAAAGAAGAGAUGGCAGGACACAAGGUUGCACAUGCCACAUUGAAAGGCCCUAGCGUUGUGAAGGAGUUAAUUAUCGGCAUGGCACUCGGUUUAGCUGCUGGUGGUCUUUGGAAGAUGCACCAUUGGAACGAACAGAGGAAAACUAGAGCUUUCUAUGACUUGCUUGAGAGAGGUGAGAUCAGUGUUGUUGCUGCUGAAGAGUAAUAAAAGCCGCUGAUUCUUCAAGACCAAUGUUUUCGAAUUCUUGUUUUUCCGUUUCUUAAUAACUCUUAAAUGAGUUGGGAUUUUGUGAGAAAUAAACAAACCUGUGAAUGGGAUUUGUUAGUUCAUAAACAGACUCAGAUGUGAUGUUGAUUCAGACAUUAUCUCUUUUGUUUUGUUUCGUAUUGUUGUCUGAGAAACCACAGAAAGGUGAAUCUUGUGGAAACUUGUUCAUGGAAAUAUUGCACUAAACAGAAAGUGAUUCCAA